GUGGCGCCCGGCCGCGUGUAGCGCAGACAUGGCGCACUACAACUUCAAGAAGAUCACGGUGGUGCCGUCGGCCAAGGACUUCAUCGACCUGACGCUGUCCAGGACGCAGCGCAAGACCCCUACGGUGGUGCACCGGCACUACCAGAUCCACCGCAUCCGCCACUUCUACAUGCGUAAGGUCAAGUUCACGCAGCAGAACUACCACGACCGGCUCGCGCAGAUCCUGGCCGACUUCCCGCGGCUGGACGACAUCCACCCCUUUUAUGCCGACCUGAUGAACAUCCUCUACGACAAGGACCAUUACAAGUUGGCUCUGGGACAAAUAAAUAUUGCCAAAAAUCUAGUGGACAAUGUUGCCAAGGACUAUGUGCGGCUCCUGAAGUACGGGGACUCUCUGUACCGCUGCAAGCAGCUCAAGCGUGCCGCCCUGGGGCGCAUGUGCACCAUCGUCAAGCGGCAGAGGCAGAGCCUGGAGUAUUUGGAACAAGUGAGGCAGCAUUUGUCCCGACUGCCAACCAUCGACCCCAACACGAGGACCCUACUUCUGUGUGGCUAUCCAAAUGUCGGCAAGUCCAGCUUCAUCAAUAAGGUAACAAGAGCAGAUGUGGACGUGCAGCCGUAUGCGUUCACCACCAAGUCUUUGUUUGUGGGUCACAUGGACUACAAGUAUCUGCGCUGGCAGGUGGUGGAUACUCCUGGGAUCUUGGACCACCCGCUGGAGGACCGGAACACCAUCGAGAUGCAGGCCAUCACAGCACUGGCCCACCUGCGUGCCGCCGUCCUGUAUGUGAUGGACCUGUCGGAGCAGUGUGGACACGGGCUGAGGGAGCAGCUGGCGCUCUUCCAGAACAUCAGGCCGCUCUUUGUCAACAAGCCUCUCCUUGUCGUUGCCAACAAGUGUGAUGUGAGGAGGAUCGCUGAGCUUGCCGAAGAUGACCAGAAAAUCUUCGCCGAGCUGCAGGCAGAGGGUUAUCCUGUGGUGGAGACCAGCACCCUGACCGAGGAGGGCGUGAUGAAGGUGAAGACAGAGGCUUGUGACCGGCUUUUGGCUCAUCGAGUUGAAGCCAAAAUGAAGAGUAACAAGGUGAACGAGGUGCUGAACCGACUGCAUCUAGCUGUGCCCAACAAGCGGGAUGACAAGGAGCGGCCCCCCUUCAUCCCAGAGGGAGUGGUGGCACGAAGGAAGAGAAUGGACAUCGGAGAACCCAAGAAGAAAAGGGAGCGCGACAUCGAACUGGAGAUGGGGGAUGAUUACAUCCUGGACCUCCAGAAGUACUGGGACAUCAUGAACUCCUCCGAGAAGCACGACAAGAUCCCAGAGAUCUGGGAAGGGCACAACCUGGCCGACUACAUCGACCCCGACAUCAUGCAGAAACUGGAAGAGUUGGAAAAGGAAGAAGAGCUCCGAGUGGCCGCUGGAGAGUACGACAGUGAGCCUGAAAGUGAGGAUGAGGAGAUGGCGGAGAUCCGGCAGUUGGCUAAGCAAAUCCGAGAGAAGAGGAAGCUAAAGAUUCUGGAAUCCAAGGAGAAGAACACGCAGGGGCCUCGGAUGCCACGGACAGCCAAGAAGGUUCAGCGCAAUGUCAUGGAGAAUGAGAUGCGUAGCCUUGGAGUUGAUAUGGAUGAUAAAGACAGCGCCCAUUACGCAGUCCAGGCCAGGAGGUCUCGCAGCACCACCAGGAAAAGGAAGCGAGAAGACUCUGUGCCGCCUUCCUCCGUGGCCCGCAGCCGCAGUUGCUCGCGAACUCCACGUGAUGUGUCUGGUCUUCGAGAUGUCAAGAUGGUGAAGAAGGCCAAGACUAUGAUGAAGAACGCGCAGAAGAAGAUGAAUCGUUUGGGGAAGAAGGGGGAGGCCGACAGACAUGUAUUCGAUAUGAAGCCCAAGCACCUGCUGUCCGGAAAGAGGAAAGCUGGGAAAAAGGACCGCAGGUAGUGGCCAUCCGCUGCUGAGGUACAGUUAGGUGCUCGUCCACGCUGGUCACAGGCUGCGGAGCAAGGCAGUCCGUGGGCAGGAGCGGUGUAGGAGCUAAAAUGUUGCUAUCUGGUGUGGGCUCUCAGCAAGGACACAUUGAGCCGGUGAUACUUUCUGCCUUUAAUGGAGUUUUAAUCAGAUUAGUAGAACUGGGAAGAUUUAUUGAUAUUUGUUUUUGAUGGGGGAAAAAAAUCUUACUUUCACACUGCAAAAGAAAAGACCUUUGGAAACAAAAGCCAGGGACCAGAGAGGUCAUAACGGGGAGUGUAGGGCUUGCCUUGCUUGGCAGCAGAGCUGACUCUGUCCCUGAGCACAGCCAGGCACAAGCCCUGCACACAGCCAUGUGUGUCUUCAAAGCUCUGAGUAAGCUGCAGAGUCUGGACAGCUCAAGCUUGGUCCCUCUGGUGCAGUGUGCCAGCGCUCACAGCAUGGGCAGGAGCUGCCGUCCCAUGUCUCUGGACCUACUAGGUGUGGCCAAACAGCCAAAAAUAAUAGUUAGGACAAGGCCUGAGAAGGCAGCUCAGCAGGACACUCCAGGCCUCUUGCAUCUCCUCUUGGUACCUGAAGCCCGGCUUUUAAUCUCUGGCACAGGAAAUAAUAAUAGAGAUUAAAAAUUUGAAAACUGAGGGCCAGAGCAAUAGUACCUGGCACAUAACCAACCUGGGUUCAACCCCCAGGACCCCUUAUAGUCCCCUGAGCACCGCCGUGACCUGGAGACAAAAUGGAACAAAAUAAUUUCCAAAUAGGUCAGGGAGAGAGUUCAGGGGACUGAUGCAAAGGCUCUGUCCAGGGGCGAGGCCAGACCCCAGCAUUACGUUGUCCCCAAGCGUUGCGUUGGGCGUUUCCCUGAGCACUGCUGACUGGCCCCUGAACCAAAAAAAAAUAAGAAAUGCAGUUACUAAAAGAAAUAGAAGGUACACAGGCACUUGUGGAUGGACACAGAAGCCCCCAGACCCGCUGCCACCUGCCUGCCAACCCUUUAGCCUGCGCCUCUGGGAUCUGCCGUCAUCAUCGUUAGCCAAAAAUAGAAGUCUGAAAGAAGAGAUGGGCUUGGGGUGCUUUAGUUUUCUUUCUUUUCUAAAUCGUCACCUUGGGCAGUUUGGGGGAGAAAAUGAGAAGGUGAUGUUUUCAAAGCAAAAAAUGCUGUUUUUGAAAUAAAAUGUC